AUGGCGGUGGAGGAAGAGGGGCUCCGGGUCUUCCAGAGCGUGAAGAUCAAGAUCGGUGAAGCCAAAAACCUUCCCACAUACCCGGGGCCAAACAAGAUGCGUGAUUGUUACUGCACCGUGAACCUAGACCAGGAGGAGGUUUUCAGGACCAAAAUCGUGGAGAAAUCACUCUGCCCCUUCUAUGGAGAGGACUUCUACUGCGAGAUUCCGCGGAGUUUCCGUCACCUGUCCUUUUAUAUUUUUGAUCGAGACGUUUUCCGGAGGGAUUCCAUCAUAGGAAAGGUGGCCAUCCAGAAAGAGGACCUGCAGAAGUACCACAACAGGGACACGUGGUUCCAGCUGCAGCAUGUGGAUGCCGACUCUGAAGUGCAGGGCAAGGUGCAUCUGGAGCUGAGGCUGAGUGAGGUCAUCACCGAUUCGGGCGUCGUCUGCCACAAGCUGGCCACGCGCAUCCUCGAGUGCCAGGGCCUCCCCAUCGUGAACGGGCAGUGUGACCCCUACGCCACAGUGACCCUGGCAGGACCGUGCAGGUCAGAAGCGAAGAAGACGAAGGUGAAGAAGAAGACCAACAACCCGCAGUUUGAUGAAGUGUUUUACUUUGAGGUGACCAGGCCCUGCAGCUACAGCCGCAAGUCCCACUUUGACUUUGAGGAUGAGGACGUGGACAAGCUGGAGAUCCGGGUGGACCUGUGGAACGCCAGCAACCUGAAGUUCGGGGAUGAGUUCCUCGGGGAGCUGAGGGUCCCGCUGAAGGUGCUGCGGCAGUCCAGCCCCCACGAAGCCUGGUACUUCCUUCAGCCUCGGGACAAUGGCAGCAAGAGCUUGAAGCCAGGGGAUCUGGGCUCCCUGCGCUUGAAUGUGGUCUACACGGAAGACCACGUUUUCUCCUCCGACUACUACAGCCCGCUGCGGGACCUGCUGCUGAGGUCUGCGGAUGUGGAGCCUGUCUCCGCAUCGGCGGCUCACAUCCUGGGCGAGGUCUGCAGGGAGAAGCAGGAGGCGGCCAUCCCGCUGGUGCGGCUCUUCCUGCACUACGGCCGGGUGGUGCCGUUCAUCAGUGCCAUCGCCAGCGCCGAGGUCCGCAGGACCCAGGACCCCAACACCAUCUUCCGAGGAAACUCGCUGACAUCCAAGUGCAUCGAUGAGACGAUGAAGCUGGCGGGCAUGCAGUACCUACACGUCACCCUGAAACCCACCAUAGAGGAGAUUUGCCAGAGUCACAAGUCCUGUGAGAUCGACCCCGUGAGGCUGAAGGACGGUGAGAGCCUGGAGAGCAACAUGGAGAACCUGCGGCAGUUCGUGGACCGUGUGUUCAGCGUCAUCACCAAAUCGGGGGUGAGCUGCCCCACCGUCAUGUGUGACAUCUUCUUCUCCUUGCGGGAGGCGGCCGCCAAGCGCUUCCAGGAUGACCUGGAUGUACGGUACACAGCUGUGAGCAGCUUCAUUUUCCUGCGGUUCUUCGCUCCAGCCAUCCUGUCCCCCAACCUCUUCCAGCUCACACCCCACCACACGGACCCACAGACAUCGAGGACGCUGACACUUGUUUCGAAGACCAUUCAGACUCUAGGCAGUCUGUCCAAGUCCAAGUCUGCCAGUUUUAAGGAGUCCUACAUGGCUGCAUUCUACGAAUUCUUCAAUGAGCAGAAGUACGCUGACGCGGUGAAAAACUUCCUGGAUUUGAUCUCAUCCUCCGGGAGAAGAGACCCCAAGAGCGUGCAGCAGCCCAUCCUGCUUAAGGAAGGGUUCAUGAUUAAGAGGGCACAAGGGAGAAAACGAUUUGGGAUGAAGAAUUUUAAGAAAAGAUGGUUCCGCCUGACAAACCAUGAAUUUACCUACCAGAAAAGCAAAGGGGACCUGCCUCUCUACAGUAUCCCCAUCGAGAACAUCCUGGCCGUGGAGCCGCUGGAGGAGGAGUCCUUCAAGAUGAAGAAUAUGUUCCAGGUCAUCCAGCCCGAGCGGGCGCUGUACAUCCAGGCCAACAACUGCGUGGAGGCCAAAGCCUGGAUUGACAUCCUCACCAAGGUGAGCCAGUGCAACCAGAAGCGCCUGGCCGUCUACCACCCAUCUGCCUACCUGAACGGCCACUGGCUGUGCUGCAGGGCCUCCUCGGACACGGCCGCUGGCUGCUCCCCCUGCACUGGCGGCCUCCCAGCAAACAUCCAGCUGGACAUCGACGGGGACCGAGAGACCGAACGUAUCUACUCCCUCUUCAGCUCGUACAUGAGCAAACUCGAGAAGAUGCAAGAGGCCUGCGGAAGUAGAUCCGUGUACGACGGCCCAGAGCAGGAGGAGUACUCCGCGUUCCUCAUUGACGACCCCCAGCAGACCUACAAGACGCUGAGGCAGGUCAUCGCCGGGGUCGGGGCCCUGGAGCGAGAGCACGCCCAGCACCGGAGGGACAAGUUCAAGAAGACCAAGUACGGAAGCCAGGAGCAUCCCAUUGGAGACAAGAGCUUCCAGAGCUACAUCAGGCAGCAGUCUGAGACCCCUGCCCACUCCAUGUGA